GGCAAAUAAUUAACAACGACAACAACAAUCUAUAUCUAUAAGAAAACAAGAAAAGCGGAGCCGAGAUGCUCCGUCCGUAACCCGCAGGCGGGGGCAGGUUGUGAAUCCGCCAAACACCUGAGAAAUAAAGCACGACCGAACAAUUUCGAGGCGGGCGGGGAAGGGGCGGGGGGGGGGCGGCGGCGAAAAGUUUGCCGGAGCUCGGGCGUCUCGGGGGGGGCGGGCGCGAUGCCGCCCUGGCUGCUCGGCAGCCUCUGCUGCGUGCUGGCGGCGCGGGCGGCGCUGGGCGGCGGCCCCGCGGGCGCGGAGGCGGCGGCGGCGGCGGAGGAGGAGAAGCUGAUCCGGGUGCUGGUGCUGCUGCCGCAGGACGACGCCUACCUCUUCUCGCUGGGGCGGGUGCGGCCGGCCAUCGAGUACGCGGUGCGGAGCCUGCGGGAGAGCGGCGCCGGCUUGCCGCCCGGCUACGCCUUCCAGCUCACCUACGAGGACUCGGCGUGCGGCAACCGCGCCCUCUUCAGCCUGGUGGACAUGGUGGCCCUGCAGCGCCGCCGCCCCGACCUGCUGCUGGGGCCCGUCUGCGAGUACGCGGCGGCGCCGGUGGCGCGGCUGGCGGCCCACUGGGACGUCCCCAUGCUGUCGGCGGGGGCGCUGGCCGCCGGCUUCGGCGCCAAGGGCGGCGAGUACUCGCACCUCACCCGCGUCGCGCCCGCCUACGCCAAGAUGGGCGAGAUGCUGCUGGCCCUCUUCCGCCACCACCAGUGGAGCCGGGCCACGCUGCUCUACAGCGACAGCAACCCCGAGCGCAGCUGCUACUUCGCCAUGGAGGGCGUCCAUGUGGUCUUCCAGGAGGAGGCCUUCCACAUGGCCGUGCACAGCUUCGACGAGAGCAGCCGACACCUCGACCUCGACGACGUUGUCCGCGCCCUCCAGACCGGCGAGAGGGUUGUAAUCAUGUGUGCCAGCGGUGACACAAUCAGGAACAUCAUGUUGGCUGCUCAUCGGCAAGGAAUGACCAACGGGGACUACGCUUUCUUCAAUAUUGAACUCUUCAACAGCUCAUCAUAUGGAAAUGGCUCUUGGAGAAGAGGAGACAAACAUGACCUUGAAGCCAAGAAGGCAUACUCGUACCUCCAAACUGUCACUCUGCUGAGGACCGUGAAGCCUGAGUUUGAGAAGUUUUCCCUGGAGGUGAAAAGUUCUGUUCAGAAGCAAGGUCUGCAUGAGGAUGACUACGUGAACAUGUUUGUGGAAGGAUUCCAUGAUGCUAUUCUUCUUUAUGCUCUAGCUUUACAGGAAGUCCUGAAGUUUGGUUUCAGUAAGAAAGAUGGGGAAAAAAUUGUUCAGCAAACACGGAACAGAACAUACGAAGGCAUUGCAGGGCAGGUGUCCAUUGAUGCCAAUGGAGACAGAUACGGGGAUUUCUCUGUGAUUGGAAUGACGGACCCAGAGGCAGGCACGCAGGAGGUGAUUGGGGACUACUACGGAAAGCAGGGGCGUUUUGAAAUUCGAUCAAAUGUGAAAUAUCCUUGGAAUCAUGGCAGGCUGCGACUAGAUGAAAGCCGAGUUUCAGAGCACACAAACAAUACACCAUGUAAAUCAUCAGGUGGUCUAGGAGAAUCAGCAGUUACAGGAAUAGUUGUGGGAGCCUUGCUUGGAGCAGGAUUGCUAAUGGCUUUUUACUUUUUCAGAAAGAAAUACAGAAUAACUAUUGAGAGAAGAACUCGACAGGAGGACUGUAACAUGGGGAAACAUCGGCAGUUACGUGAAGACUCCAUUAGAUCUCAUUUUUCUGCUGCAUAAAGAAAAAGAAGAAAAAGAAUCCCUUUCUUCCUAGGGAAAAAAAAGAAUUAGGGAAAAGUACACAACCAAAGACAUCAGUGUAAAAAGAAGAGGCUCUUGAAGAACUCACUCUUUCAAGCAGUAAUUUUGUCUUAAUUUCUUUCAGAAGCUCAGGAAUGAUUUAGUAAUCACAUAUGCCGCAUGGCCUUUCAUCUCAUGAAGAAAGAAAAUGAUGCAGUUUGAUGUUAUAGGAUGUACUUAAUAUGUAAAGACAGUAUUUCUUAAGGCAUAUAUUAAGGGCAGCAGAUAUGGGUUUAGUUGAUGGGGAAUGCCUCAUUCUGUUCCCUUUUUUUUUUUUUUUUUUUUUAGCUCCCACCACCUCCUUCCUUAAUUGGAUCUCACCCAUGGGUAUCAAGUAUGGUUUCACAGGCACAGGUGCUGGUUGCUGUCAAAGGGAAAAAAGGGAUUCAUUUGGGGUAUGAUCCUGCAUCACUGAAUCAUUGCCAUUAAUUACAGGGGAUACAAGAUUGGGCAUACGGAGUUUAGUUCUGGGAGGGAACAGGCACUUGGGUGUAAUUAACUCCGCUGAGAAAGUCAGGCAGGUGGAAACACACACAAACCCUUCUUUCCUUGUUUGUGUAGUAUCACAAUCAAAAGCACUGAUUCUCCCUCUUAGGUGAAGGGAGUUAGGAAAAACUCCAGUGAAAGAUGAUGAGUUUCACUGGUGUGAAAUAGUGAGAGGGAAGACAGUCAGGCCUCCUGAGAGGACUGGCUAAUUCCUCAGUCUUAUACAUGUUUUAUCAUGCUCUUUGCUCUCCACUGCCAUGACUUUUCAGAGAGGCAAAUAUAGUCCAUGUAGAGCCUGGUCCUGCUCCCAGUGAAGUCAAUGGCAAAAUUCCAUUAACUUCAGUGAGCACAGGACUGCAUCCAAAACUGUAAAUACGAAAGUGUUUGUAUAGCUGAGGCAAUUCAAAAGGGGAUCUUUUUUGUGUAAAAAUGACAUUCCAUGCUACCAUUUUAUUUUUAGGAUAUUUUUUAUCUUGUAUUUUUCUAUUAAAGUAUCUAUUUUUGCUUUGGUAGGAUUAAAAAUUAAGGGAGAGGAUGUUUUGAAGACAUAUUUUUUAUGAUAGGAGUAACAUGCAGGGAAAGUCAACAGCUGUAAAUACAUUUUAGGACCAGUAUUUAGGGGAAGAGAAGUGACUUUGUGGACGGUAACAGACUUUUUGUCGCACUUUCUUCUCCAGGCAUGUACAACGUUCAAAUAGUUAUUUAAACAAUAGGAAUGCAGUUAUUGAGUUGUCUAUGUGAUGGUGGCCCUGAUCCUGAAAAUAAUGAACUUUUCACGUGUUAAAUAGUCCUACAUUAGUUGGUGAGACUAACUAUUCAUGUGUGUACAGUUAAACAUGCAAGGAACUACCUUCAGGGAUCGGGUUGGUAAAACACUACUCUAGGGCUGACUUUAAUCCUGCUGCCAUCAGUAUCCCUUUUGUCACUGGCUUUACCAGGAGCAAAACUGAAUCUGUGAUGAAUUAGCUACUGACAGGUUAUUUUAUACUAGACAAAGGAGAGCCCUGCACUUUCUAGUCAACAAAUGGAAAUGAACAGUGCAUAUUACAGAUGUGGUGAAGAAGACCCGUAAAAAUAUCAUCUG